AUGAGGAUCGGAGUUUUACUGUUCCUUGUGGGGUUGUAUGUGUUGAACGUCACAUCUUCCCUGAAAAUCUGCGCUUUCAAUGUUCAGAGCUUUGGUGAAUCAAAAGCAAACAACAAGAAGGUCAUGGGGAUUCUACUGAAGAUACUUUCUCGGUGUGGCGUGUGUCUUAUUCAGGAGGUCCGGGAUGCUAAAGGAGACGCAAUACAAACUUUGGUCAAGGAUCUUAACAAAUUUGACAAAUCCAACUCAUACUCCUAUGUGGAAAGUGAAAGACUGGGAAGGAAAACCUACAAGGAACAAUAUGUGUAUGUUUACAGGAACAAUGAGCUGAAAAUCAAAGAGCAUUAUCAGAAUCCUAAGUUCGAUGGAGAGGGGACCAGUGGAGGGGAUGUUUUCUCCAGAGGGCCUUUCAUUGUCCGCUUUCACUCCCCGACAACAUUGGUGAAGGAUUUUGUCCUGAUUGGGCAGCACACCUCUCCAAAAACUGCCAUGAAGGAGAUGGAUGAACUGUAUACUGUCUUCAAAGGAAUUUACAAGCAGUGGAAGACGGAUAAUGUAAUGAUCAUAGGGGACCUCAACGCUGGCUGCAGUUACGUUACCAUCAAGGGCUGGAGAGCUGUGCGCUUGAGGAGUGACCCCAGAUUUCACUGGCUAAUUGGAGAUGAGCAGGAUACUACUGUGCGGGAGAAGACACACUGUGCCUAUGACAGGAUUAUCGUCCAUGGACGUGAGAUUAUUUCCAGUAUAGUACCAGGUUCAGCUCAACCAUUCAACUUUAAACUGAAUUUCCACCUCACUGAGGAGGAGGCUUUACAGGUGAGUGAUCAUUUUCCUGUAGAAGUUGACCUGAAGCCCAACCAUCGCUACCUUCUUCGCCAUGACCUGUAAACCAAGCCUUUUUGGAUAUAACUGUAGUUUUACUUGAUUAUUAGAAGUUAAAACAAAUAAAAAAUACCCAACAAAAUAUUCUCUGAUAAGUACUAUUCUUUUAGAAAAACUCAAACUUAUCAUUAUCAAAGUGGAACCGCACUCAUCUCAGUUACAAAAGACACCAAUGAACGUGCGUUGUUUCAGCAUGAAGGAACUGUGUGUUCGACUGCUGGAGCUCAUAUUAUACAUCUGAAACCAAAACCACAUCAAAGCUGACAUCAUUUCAUAAGCUCAUGAAGGAAGCCACAUGCAGCAACAACAGAUGAGAGUUACUUCGCAGUCUCUUCCUUUCUGAGAAAGGAGACUAUCUGUGGCAAUGCAUUAACUUUUGUCUUAAUAUUGUAUAACCUAGUCAUUUGUGUAUUUGUAAAGAUGGAACAAAGUCUGUCUGAUCUACUUAGUGAUGCAUUUUCAGAAACAUCUGUUCCAUCCUUUCCCGAUGAAGAGCUGGACUUUGUGAAUUUAUAUUUUGAUGAAAAGUUUGAGGAAGACAAGACAGACCUCUCUCAUGAAAACCAGGAAGCAGCAGGUGAAGCUACAGCUCUGUCUAGCGUGGAAAAUAAAGACACAUACAUAGCCGAAAAUGUUGACGAAGAGCAGUCUAAUGACAAAAAUGAUGAGGAGGACUUUCAAGGGGCUGGGAUCAGUGUCGUGAAUAUGGACAAAACACCAGAGGAGGAUUACACAGGUUCAGAUAAAGAGUCUGAAGAGGAAGCUUCUGUCUCUGGAGAAGAUGAAGAUUGUGAGGAAGAGGAUAUGGGAACAGGAGAAAGACCAGGAGAUUUGAUGAUGUUAGUCCACUGUGGCGACAAGUCCUGCUACGGUAAUACAGAGGACAGUAUUGUUGCUGAGGGACAACCUCUGGCCCCAGAGGGUCCUGAAAGCCCUCAAGUUAUAAAUGAGGAACAAGGAGAGAGUGAGAGUGAUGAGGAAGUGUCCUAUAGCGGUCGAACCCCUGAACAUGGCAAUGAGGUGACGACAAAAGAUGAUGGGAUUGAAGACGAUGAAGAAAGGGAAGAAGAAAAGCAAGAGGACUCUUCUGAUUCUGAGUGCGAGGGCAUG